ACCCAGUUGAUAAAUUUGGAUCUGCACUCCACGGCUCACAAGCUCAACACCAACUAACACUAACCCAUCAAAAUGCAGGCAGCUCUGUGCUUUGCACCAUCUAUCUCACUUCCAAAAACCACCAGGAGCUUUCAUUCGCCCUUGAGAUCUCCUCCAAAGCUAGAGACCACUCUACAUUCCCGAUGUCCCUCGAUCAAAGCCAGUGCCGUGGCCUAUGACACUUCUUUCACAGUUGAUUACAGCUCCAUGACAUCUGUGUUUCCUGCAGAAGCUUGUGAGACAAUUGGUGGAGAGGCUUGUGAUGUAGAAAUUUAUCCAGAAGUGAAGCUCAAAACGGAGGCCUCCAGCAGCAAUAAUGUAGCAAGAAUGGUUUCAGAAUCAGUUGAUAGAGAGUAUAUCGAGUAUAAUGAUAACCCGAAGACGGUAUUUCCAGGAGAAGCGUGUGAUGAUCUCGGAGGAGAAUUCUGUGAAGCAGAGUAUCAGAAGGGGGUCUACUAGGAGAAACGAGCAAGUGUCAUGGAAAAAAUAAACGAGGAUGAUAUCUCUUUCACCAUACACUUGUUUUCUUUUUAUGUAAAUGGUGAUUAAUACCUAAUGUAAAAACAGAGUUCACUUCGUAUUAUUAUAUAAUCACGUGAAAUUAAGCUAGAUGAGAAUCCUGUUGGCAAAAGCCAAGUGCUUGAUGUUCUCUUUGGAUUUCUUAUCUAACAGGUUAGUAAGCUUGAAUAA